UUUUGAUAAGACAUUCAGCAGAAAGGUAUAAAAGUAGCUGAAGAGUCCGUUCAGGGCAUACACUUUAUUCGUGAAGUUUCCCGUAAACAUGAAUCGCUUCUUUGCUACUCUCGCCGUGCUGUGUGUGGCCUUUGCUGCUGCCCAAGCCACGUGCCCAACAAUCAUCACACGUGCUCAAUGGGGUGCCAGGAAUGCCAAUACUGCUGCCCUUCCACGUGUUCCAGCUCCCUUCGUUGUUGUCCACCACACAGCUGGAGCUUUCUGCUCCACACAGGCUGCCUGUGCCCAGCAGAUGCGCAACAUUCAGGGCUGGCAUAUGGAUGGCAAUGGUUGGGCUGAUAUUGGCUACAACUUCUGCGUCGGUGAGUGCGGUCUUGCCUACGAAGGUCGUGGCUGGCGCCGUCAGGGAGCUCACGCCCCAGGCUACAAUAACCAAUCCGUCGGAGCCUGCGUCUUCGGUACCUUCACAUCCCGCGUUCCCAAUGCUGCUGCCCAGCUUGCCCUUCAGCGUCUCAUCAAUUGCGGUGUAGGUGGUGGACACAUUGCCACCAACUACUGGCUCAUUGGACAUCGUCAGGCUGUUGCCACUGCCUGCCCAGGAGAUGCCUUCUUCAACCUCAUCCGCACCUGGCCACGUUUCAAUGCCAACCCCAGCCCAUUGUAAAUACUACACACACACAACACAAAAACACGCAAAAUUGGCUGACAAACACGAUUUUGGGACUCCUCCUACUGCACCAAAUUGGAAUAAAAAAAAGAGAAUUCUACUGCUGAAGGAUUUUGUGAACUUCUUCCACGUGUAUGACAAGGAAUGUGCGUGAUAAGAAGGACAAGAAAAAUAAUAUAAAUAAGAAACAAUUUUUUCUUUAUAAAAAAAAGUUUCAUUUGCAAGCAA